GCGGUAGUCCGACGCGGGCGGAGAUUAGACGUGGUGAUGGUGACAUAGUAUUCGCACCCCCCUUGAUUCCCAAAACAAACGCAUCCAUAUAGCAACCGUCUUAAUUGGCGGGCAACCUUACCUGCGGCACUUCCGGCUUCAUCUUAACUAAAAUGCUAACACAAAAAAUUUAAACGUAAUUUGGCUUUUGUUGUGCUUUUAAUCACCAGGAAAAAAACCUUUUGGGAUGUCGCCGCUCACGAAGAAGCUAGCUGAACUUUUCGACGAAGACUCUGACAGCGAAAAAACGUUUUACGGCUUUUGUGACGACGAAGUAAGCGACAAGAAUAGUGACUUGGAAGAUGAACAAGAUGGAGGCCGGCCUUCUGUUACCUCCAAGCAGCAAAGCGCCAAAAACUUCAGGCUGAGGGUCGCGCUUCACUCUGCUAUGACAACCCACAACUCCUCUGAUGAUAAUAAAAAUGAUGGAGAGGAUGAAGACUGGACCCAAACGAGUCGGGUUAAAGAGAUCAGACAUGUUCUUCUUAAAGAAGAGCCUGAGGAUGUGUCUGACUCUUUCCUGCUGAAGAGAGAGCAGAACAUCAAGGCAAACAAAGCCAUGUUGGCUCAGCUGAUGGCAGACCUGCAGAAGAUGCCAGGAGGUGCCAAUCUUUUGAAAAAACAAGACGCAAAGCAGCCCAAAAAGAAAUCUCGUCCACCCCGCUCCAUAAGGGAGCCCAGGAAGAACCCGGAGCGGGCGUCCCGUCGACAGACCCGCUCCAUGGGCGGCUGCGAGGACCCCUCUGGCCCCCGGGAUGCCGAGCUGGAGCUCAGCUUGGAAGAGGAGCUUCUGGAGGUACGGCGAGCCCCGCAGCGGCGCAGCACCCCGCGGCCCAAUCAGAGCUUACCUCGCAUGAUCCGGCCCGUGGACGACAUCACGGAGGAGGAGCUCCAGCUGGUGGCCGACCACUUGACUGAGAAAGUCUACAACAGAAUCACUGGCUCCACAUGCCACCAAUGUCGGCAAAAGACGGUAGACACAAAGACGUGCUGCCGCAGCGAGGGCUGCCGGGGCAUCCAGGGCCAGUUCUGCGGGCCGUGUCUGAGGAACCGAUACGGGGAGGACGUCAAGAAAGCACUGCUGGAUCCGGAGUGGCAGUGCCCUCCCUGCAGAGGCAUUUGCAACUGCAGCUUCUGCAGGCAGCGAGAAGGCCGCUGUCCCACAGGCAUCCUUUUUCCCCUCGCGCAGUACCACGGCUUCGCGGAUGUCCACUCCUACCUCAGCAGUCUCCACAGCAAACUGAAGAGUGAGGGUGACGACGUAGCGAUGUGAGGUUAAUAUGAAUGUGAUGGUUUUUUUUUCUAUUGAGCAAAUAAAGUUUUUUCUUUUAUGGUUGAGUUAUUGAGUAGGAUGCAAAUAUAAUGUUAAAAAAAAGCAAGAGAAUUAUUUAAGGUUU